GCAGUGCCCGCCGGCGGGGAGGCUCCGCUGCCUGGCCGCUGUUCUUGCCAGACUUUCGGGCUGCUCUCCUUUUCGCAGACUUUCCGUGCCCGCGGCAUGGCCGGGCUGUCACAAGGAGAGCGCCUGUCCUUCCGCGCCUUCCGGGCCGCCCGGCCCGCCGGGUGCGAGUACGGGUACGGGCACGGAGACGGGCUGAGCGGGCUCCGGGAGCGAGAGUUCCCCCGGCUCCGAGGGAUUACUUACCUUGACCAUGCUGGUUCAGCACUUUUCCCAGAGAGUCUACUAAAAGCUUUUACUGAUGACCUCAGAAACAACGUUUAUGGCAACCCUCAUAGUCAGAAUAUCAGCAGCAAGCUGACAUAUGACACAAUCGAGCAUGUCCGAUACAGAAUAUUGCAACACUUUCACACUACUGCUGAGGAUUACACCAUCAUUUUCACAUCUGGAUGCACAGCUGCGCUUAAACUGGUAGCAGAAUCAUUCCCUUGGAUACCUGAAGGCACAAAGCAACCCAGCAGUCGAUUUUGUUACUUAACUGACAGCCACACAUCUGUGGUGGGUAUGAGGGGGAUAACUGCCUCAAUGAAUGUCUUGUCUGUUCCAGUAACACCACAAGAAGUCUUGUUAGCUGAAAGCAGGUUACCAGCUGAAGAACAAAACUGCCCGACACCUCAUCUUUUCUCUUACCCAGCUCAGAGCAAUUUUUCUGGUACCAAAUAUCCCCUUUCAUGGAUACAGAACAUAAAAUCUGGAAAACUCUGCCCCAUCAAAGCACCAGGGAAGUGGUUUGUUCUACUUGAUGCAGCUUCAUACGUGAGCAGUUCUCCAUUAGACCUGGGAGUUCACCAAGCUGACUUUAUCCCCAUCUCAUUCUAUAAAAUCUUUGGUUUCCCAACUGGUUUAGGAGCAUUAUUGGUAAACAACCGGAUUGCUCCCCUCUUGAGGAAGACCUAUUUUGGAGGUGGAACUGCAGCUGCCUACCUCGCAGGAAAAGAUUUUUAUUUCCCAAGGAAAUCGAUAUCAGAAAGGUUUGAAGACGGCACAGUCUCUUUUCUUGAUAUCAUUGCUCUGAAACAUGGAUUUGAUGUUCUGGAAAAACUUACAGGUGGAAUGGAGAAAAUAAAACAACAUACCUUUGCAUUAGCUCACUACACCUAUACUGUGCUUUCUAACUUAAAAUAUGCCAAUGGGGCUCCUGUAGUUCGUAUUUACAGUGAUACAGAUUUCAGCAGUCCUGAUGUCCAGGGUCCAAUCAUUAAUUUUAAUGUGCUUGAUGAAAACGGAGAAGUACUCGGCUUUUCACAGGUGGACAAGAUGGCCAGUCUCCAUAACAUACAUGUCCGCACAGGUUGCUUCUGUAACACAGGAGCCUGCCAGAUGCAUUUGGAUAUAAGCAAUGAGGACAUCCAAAGGAACCUGCAGGCUGGCCAUGUUUGUGGAGAUGAUAUAGACCUAGUUGAUGGACGUCCCACUGGUUCUGUGAGAAUAUCCUUUGGCUACAUGUCUUCUUUUGAAGAUGCACAGACCUUUUUGAAUUUCAUCAUAGCCACCAGACUCUCCAAAUCAGACACUGAGAUUCCUUUCAAGUCUGUUACGAAGCUGACAACAGAGUCUGUUCCAGAUGACCUCCCUUCCUUUAACAAUGCAGAUAAAUUGUCUCCAAUACUACAAAUCUCAGGUGGAGACCUCAGGAGUAAUCUGUCUGUGACGAAGACAUCUGUCAACUGGCAGCCACUGGAGACUGAGGCCGAAAGCAUAAGGGCAGCUGUUUCAGAGACUGCAGUGCCAACGUGUAGGAAAGGUGGCAAGCCCAUCACUGUUGCCAACAUUUACCUCUACCCAAUCAAAUCCUGCUCUGCAUUUGAGGUUACAGAAUGGCCGGUGGGAAAUCAGGGUUUGUUGUACGACCGAAAGUGGAUGAUUGUAAACCAGAAUGGAGUCUGCAUGACUCAGAAGCAGGAGCCAAGGUUGUGCCUUAUAAAUCCUUCGAUUGAUCUGAAGCAAAAAAUCAUGGUUAUUCAGGCAGAAGGCAUGGACCCAAUAUCUGUAUCACUAGAAGACAAUGCUGAAAAAGAGGCUGUGGUCUGUGAGAGUAAAGUCUGUUCACACAGGGUAAAAACAUAUGACUGUGGAGAAAGAAUUGCUGGAUGGUUCUCUAUGUUUCUUGGUCGUCCGUGUCGCUUGAUAAGACAAAGUUCAGACAUGAAAAGCAAGUUACAUCAGAAAAAUACAGAAGGUCCGUCAUCUGCUAAAAACAUCUCACUCUCUCUCGUGAAUGAAGCACAAUACCUCCUGAUAAAUGUGGCAAGCAUCCUGCAGCUGAAAGAACACAUUUCUGCAAGAUUGGAAAAGCCAUUGGAAAUACAGGAAUUAAUCCAACGUUUCCGUGCCAACAUUGUUGUCAAUGCACCAGAGUCCUUUGAGGAAGAAGAGUGGGCUGAAAUUUCAAUAGGUGCCCUGCAAUUCCAGGUUGUAGGUCCAUGUAGCAGAUGUCAAAUAAUCUGCAUUGAUCAACAAUCUGGGGAACGAAACAAAGAAAUUCUGCAGUCUCUGUCUGCUGCCAGAGGCAGAAAGACAAACUUCGGCAUAUACCUGAUGAACCAGCCCUUGCACUCAUCCUUUUCAGGUGUUUUAUCAGUUGGGUCCCAAGUACUUCCAGUGCUGAAGGAGAAUACAGAAAUUCAGCCGCCACCAUCCAGUGAAGAAAAAUGUUCAGGAUAGAUUCUCUGGUGGAGAUGAAAUGUUUAUGCAUCUUCAGGGAAAACUCAGUAGUCAGUUACUCAAAAGAAAAAAAAAAAAAAAAAGAAAAAAAGAAAGCAGACUUCCACUCAUUUGCUGCUGGUUUAAGUCUUUUAAUUUUCUGUUUGCUGUAAAUGUUAUCAGAUGGCAAAACUUUUGAUAAUUACAGCUCACCUACAUGUUUUUGCUUGUGAUUAGGUUACAGCAGCCAUAACUCUAUUUUGCACAAUUGCUUCAGAAUGCAACAGGUUUGAUCAAGUUUUACUGGUGGAUGACUCCCAAAACAAGUCCGACUUAGUUGUCAGAAAGCCACAUCUCAAUGAAGGAAAGUAAAUACAACAAUACUCUACUUCCUUAUGCUACUUUGUUAAAACCACAAUGAGGAGAGAGGAUGCAAGACAUAUUUUCGAAACAGUGUGGGUGGGAAGGAAACACUGGGAGAGCAGCGUGAGAGUAGCAAUGCAUUCAGCUUUUCAAAAAUGAAACUGAAGGUGAUGUGUAGGCAGUAUAAAAGCAUCAGAAAAGAGAGAAUUAUUGGGAAAUCUGUGUCUCCCCCUUCAGAAGUGAUGUGUGAGGAUGUCAACAAGUCUCAAAAAUCAAUGAAGAUUCAGGAUGCCAUUUGCAAAACACAUUCCUGG